AUGGCGCAUGCAGUCCAGGAGCCGUCCCCCAGGCCCGCCGCGCGCAGCUCGGCGCGUUUACUUCUUCCUCGCGCCGUCUGUCUCUUCUCUGCUCUCGCUGUCUUCCUCCUCUCUCGUGGGGACGGGGCGGAAGUCGGCAGCAGGGAGGCGAGCGCCGACGGCGCGACGUCCUUCGACGCUCUCGACGAUAAGCCUGCGCCGCAAUCGCCGCCAGUUGUGAAGUGGCGCCAGACACCCUCGGAGCUCCUCAUCACGGUCGCCGGAAGUUUCCAGUGGCCUAAGGUGCGCUUCAGAAACAAAGGCCUCUACGUGGAGGGCAGGGGAAGCAUCGACGGCGGAGCGAAGAAGAAAUACGUGCUUGAUCUCGCGUUCCUGCGCGAGAUUCGGCCGGAGAAUAGCUCGUUCGAGGUCAAGAGUCGCGCGAUUGAGGUCCGCAUGCCCAAGAAGAAGCAGGAGCCCUGCUGGCGGAGUCUCGGACCGCUCUUCAGGCCUCCGCCGCCGUUUCUGAAGCGCGAAUUCGUCGACCGCGACAGCGAGCUGUGCUACAUGGCUCGAGUUGUCUGGCGCGGCAAAUUCUUUUGGGAGCGGAAGUUCGCGGACAAAGGCAACACGCCGGGAGAGCAACACUUCGAGGAUUACCGUCCCACAGGAAUGCACCCCGAUAUGUGGAACAAGAUUGUGCGCGAUAUGCGAAGGCGUGCUGUCGACCCCUCCCACGCGAGCGAAGAUGCAAGUCUUCAAGCCGAAAUUGCCGCCGAGGACAAGAAGAAGUACUCAGGUAGAGCGCCCAGGAAGACCUCCACAGCGCGCCCCUCAAGUCGAAAAGUCUAG